GCAUGCUGCAGGGAGGCGUUUGUGUCCUUCAUGAACACAUGAGUGGCUGACAGAUGAGUGUCUUCCACCCCGCACUGCUAUAGGUGCUCCAGACUUGGAGCUGCUCAGUAGGGAAAAGAUGGAUUCCAAAGACGAAAGCUCACACGUGUGGCCGACUUCUGCAGAGCAUGAACAGAACGCUGCACAGGUGCACUUUGUUCCCGAUGCUGGAACUGUGGCUCAGAUCGUAUACACCGAUGACCAGGUUCGCCCACCCCAGCAGGUGGUAUAUACGGCAGAUGGUGCCUCCUACACUUCAGUGGAUGGUCCGGAGCACACACUGGUGUACAUCCAUCCUGUGGAAGCCGCACAGACUCUGUUUACAGACUCAGGCCAGGUGGCUUACGUUCAGCAGGAUGCUACAGCUCAGCAGGCUUCGUUACCAGUGCAUAACCAGGUGUUACCCUCAAUCGAGAGUGUGGAUGGUUCCGACCCUUUGGCAACUCUGCAGACCCCUAUAGGUAGACUGGAGGCAAAAGAGGAGGAGGACGAGGAUGAGGAUGAGGAUACUGAGGAAGAUGAGGAAGAAGAUGGUGAAGACACAGAUCUGGAUGAUUGGGAGCCAGACCCGCCCCGGCCUUUUGACCCACAUGACUUAUGGUGUGAGGAGUGUAAUAAUGCACAUUCUUCAGUGUGCCCAAAGCAUGGCCCAUUACAUCCGAUCCCCAACCGGCCCGUGCUCACCCGAGCAAGAGCGAGUCUCCCCCUGGUGCUCUACAUAGACAGGUUCCUUGGAGGAGUGUUCUCCAAAAGGCGCAUCCCUAAGCGUACCCAGUUUGGCCCUGUGGAGGGACCCCUCGUCAGGGGAUCUGAGCUGAAAGACUGUUAUAUUCAUCUAAAGGUUUCUCUUGAUAAAGGGGACAGAAAAGACAGGGAUUUGCAUGAAGACCUAUGGUUUGAGUUAUCUGAUGAGACCCUUUGUAACUGGAUGAUGUUUGUACGUCCAGCCCAGAAUCACCUGGAGCAGAAUCUAGUGGCUUACCAGUAUGGCCACCAUGUGUAUUAUACAACCAUAAAGAACGUGGAGCCCAAACAGGAACUGAAGGUGUGGUAUGCUGCAUCUUAUGCUGAGUUCGUGAACCAGAAAAUUCAUGACAUUUCGGAAGAAGAAAGGAAAGUCCUUCGAGAGCAAGAAAAGAAUUGGCCCUGCUAUGAAUGUAACCGCCGAUUUAUAAGCUCAGAGCAGUUGCAGCAGCAUCUCAAUUCUCAUGAUGAGAAACUGGAUGUGUUCAGCAGAACAAGAGGCAGAGGAAGGGGACGAGGCAAGAGGCGAUUCGGUCCAGGUCGACGGCCAGGGCGUCCUCCAAAAUUUAUCCGCCUGGAAAUAACCAGUGAAAAUGGGGAAAAGAGUGACGAUGGGACACAGGACUUGCUGCAUUUUCCCACGAAGGAGCAGUUUGAUGAGGCUGAACCAGCCACUCUGAAUGGUCUGGAUCAACCGGAGCAGACCACUAUCCCAAUCCCUCAGCUGCCACAGGAAACACAAUCUUCCCUGGAGCAUGACCCAGAAACUCACACCCUGCAUCUGCAGCCACAGCAUGAAGAGAGUGUGGUGCCUACCCAGAGCACAUUGACAGCUGAUGACAUGCGCAGAGCCAAACGCAUCCGAUUGGAGCUGCAGAAUGCAGCUCUUCAGCAUCUGUUUAUUCGGAAGUCCUUCCGGCCUUUUAAAUGUUUGCAGUGUGGGAAGGCCUUCCGGGAAAAGGACAAACUGGACCAACACUUGCGCUUCCAUGGGCGGGAGGGAAACUGCCCGUUGACCUGUGAUCUCUGUAACAAGGGCUUCAUCAGCAGCACAUCCUUGGAGAGCCACAUGAAGCUCCAUUCAGACCAGAAGACUUACUCUUGCAUUUUUUGCCCAGAAUCCUUUGACCGUCUUGAUUUGUUGAAAGAUCAUGUGGCCAUUCAUAUCAAUGAUGGCUACUUCACCUGCCCAACUUGUAAGAAACGGUUCCCAGAUUUUAUCCAGGUGAAAAAACACGUGCGCAGCUUCCACUCAGAAAAAAUCUACCAGUGCACAGAGUGUGACAAGGCCUUCUGCCGCCCCGACAAACUGCGACUUCACAUGCUCCGGCAUUCGGACCGCAAAGACUUCCUGUGUUCGACCUGUGGGAAGCAAUUUAAGCGAAAAGACAAACUUCGGGAACACAUGCAAAGGAUGCAUAAUCCUGAGAGAGAGGCCAAGAAAGCUGACCGCAUCAGCCGCUCCAAGACAUUCAAGCCUCGUAUCACGUCGACAGACUAUGACAGCUUCACGUUCAAGUGCCGUCUGUGCAUGAUGGGCUUCCGGCGACGUGGCAUGCUGGUAAAUCACUUAUCAAAGAGGCACCCAGACAUGAAGAUAGAAGAGGUGCCAGAGUUAACUCUACCCAUCAUAAAACCCAACCGUGAUUACUUUUGCCAGUAUUGUGAUAAGGUUUAUAAAAGUGCCAGCAAGCGUAAAGCCCAUAUUCUGAAGAACCAUCCAGGAGCUGAGCUCCCACCAAGCAUUCGGAAACUCCGUCCUGCUGGUCCUGGAGAGCCAGACCCUAUGCUGAGCACGCACACCCAGCUGACGGGCACCAUCGCCACCCCUCCUGUCUGCUGUCCCCACUGCUCCAAGCAGUACAGCAGCAAGACUAAAAUGGUUCAACACAUUCGAAAGAAACAUCCAGAGUACGCCCAGCUCCCUAACACCAUUCAUACGCCAUUGACGACAGCAGUGAUCAGUGCUGCCCCAGCAGUUUUAACUACAGACAGUGCCACUGGAGAGACUGUGGUGACAACAGACCUGCUCACCCAAGCAAUGACAGAACUGUCCCAGACCUUAACGACAGAUUACCGAACACCACAAGGGGACUACCAGAGAAUUCAAUAUAUCCCUGUGUCACAGUCUGCAUCUGGUCUCCAGCAACCUCAGCAUAUUCAACUUCAAGUGGUGCAAGUGGCCCCGGCCACAUCCCCUCAUCAGUCUCAGCAGUCCACUGUGGAUGUUGGCCAGCUCCACGAUCCUCAGACCUAUACCCAGCAUGCCAUCCAGGUACAGCACAUCCAGGUUGCUGAGCCCACCACUUCGGCCCCGUCCUCAUCCCAGGUAGCAGGGCAGCCACUGAGCCCCUCUGCCCAGCAGGCUCAGCAGGGGCUCAGCCCCUCCCACAUACAAGGCAGCUCCUCCACACAAGGGCAGGCUUUGCAGCAGCAGCAGCAGCAGCAGCAGAAUUCCUCUGUGCAACACACGUACCUGCCCAAUGCUUGGAAUUCCUUCCGUGGCUAUUCAUCUGAAAUUCAAAUGAUGACACUUCCCCCAGGUCAGUUUGUGAUUACAGAUAGUGGUGUGGCAACUCCAGUUACCACUGGCCAAGUGAAGGCAGUUACUCCGGGUCAUUAUGUAUUAUCUGAAAGUCAACCAGAAUUGGAGGAAAAGCAAACUUCUGCCCUCUCCGGUGGAGUCCAGGUUCAGCCACCUGCACACAGUGACUCCUUGGACCCCCAGACUACCAACCAACAGCAAACCACACAGUACAUCAUUACCACCACCACUAAUGGGAAUGGAAGCAGCGAAGUGCACAUCACCAAACCAUGA